UUCAAAGGGAACAAAGAGUAUUUGCAGCUGCACCCUAAAACCGGGGAUUUGCUCCUGAGAGAGAAACUGGAUCGGGAGGAGCUGUGCGGCCCCGCCGAACCCUGUGUGCUGCCUUUUAAGAUCUUACUGGAAAAGCCCUUUCAGAUUGUUCUGGCUGAAUUAAGGGUACAAGAUAUUAAUGAUCAUUCACCAGUGUUCUCAGAAACUGAAAUGCUUCUAAAAAUCCCGGAGAGCACCACCCCUGGUACUGUGUUUCUACUAGAAAAUGCUAGAGAUUUAGACGUAGGAAACAACAGUCUCCAGAACUAUGCAAUCAGUCCCAACUCCCUUUUCCAUAUUCAAAUUCGAGAGAGCAGUGAGGGCAGGAGAUACCCCGAGCUUGUACUGGAUGAGCCAUUGGAUCGGGAGAAGCAAUCUGAGGUCACUUUAACUCUCACUGCAGUGGAUGGGGGAGUCCCACCAAGGUCUGGAACUGCCCAAAUCCGAGUCCUCGUAGUGGAUAUCAAUGACAAUGCGCCCGUGUUCACUCAGUUCCAAUAUGAGGUUCAAAUCCCUGAGGACAGUUCCGUUGGAUCCAAGGUUGUCACAGUCUCUGCCACAGACUUAGACGUAGGGAAUUAUGGAGAUAUAUCUUAUAUAUUUUUGUAUCCCUCUGAAAACAUUCGUAAAACGUUUCACCUUAAAGAGAAAUUGGGAGAACUUUAUUUAAAGGAAAAAGUGGAUUUUGAAUCAACUCAAUCUUACACUAUAAAUAUUCAAGCCACAGAUGGUGGAGGUCUUUCUGCAGAAUGUACCGUUGUUGUUCAGGUGAUAGAUCUGAAUGACAAUCCUCCAGAACUGACUAUAUCUUCACUUACCAGUCCCAUCCCAGAGAACUCUCCUGAGACAGUGGUCGCUGUUUUUGGUGUUUCAGAUCUUGACUCUGGAGAAAAUGGAAGGGUGGUUUGCUCCAUCCAAGAUGACCUUCCUUUUGCCCUGAAAUCUUCCGUUGAGAACUUCUACACAUUGGUAACAGAGGGAGCACUGGAC